AUGGCGAUUGAUGGAGCUGGGAUUGGGCCGGGCCGGGCACCGACGGUGAGUCUCGCACGCGGUACCCCCAUGCGUCUGGGGUGGGAGGCUUACGACCCUGCGAGAUGGGCCAAGGGGAUUGGAAGGAAGCGUCGCAAGAACGGUUUGCUCUGAGCCGGGUCUGGGUGCGAGAAACCGGGCUUCUCUCCUUAUUCUUUUCAUUUCUCUCUAGGGCGCCACAUCUCCAUCCAGGUGGGCGCCGGGCACCACGCCACCCGCCUCGCCAACAAGACCCUUAAAGGCGCCGGCUGCUUCCGCUACCACAAGGCUUUCCGGGGAGAAAGCGGUGAGUUGGGUUUGGCUUGGGUCGGUGGAACUCCCUGCUGCGGGAAGGGAAUUCUAGCGGAGCCUCCGACACCUGAACCCCCUGCCCACCUGACUCUGCCUUCCUUUCCCUCCGGGUGCUCCUGUCCGGCCCGCAGGGGGAGCGCGUGGUCUGGCGGGAGGAGAGGCUUCUCCUUGACAGCGGUGGCAAGUUCCAGGUAAGCCAUCUCAGAAAGUCUGGUGCCUUUGGGACUGCCUGCCACUGGUGUUCCUAUGAUAAUUCAACUUCCUUCUGUGAAUCCUAUUCAACUCCUUUAAAUGGGAUGGCGUUUGUCCACCUUUGGGACUGCCUGCCACUGGAUGCCCUAUCAAGACGUGGGGCUUUUCAGUUCGAAAAGAGACUCCCAAUUCCCUUUGGGACUCCCUGCCACUUUGGAACGCCUCUGGGGUGAGACAUUCAGCAGGUGUCGGAUUCAAAUUCCUUCCUGGCAGGAGGAGGUGCUGCUUUGAACCCAUGUCUUGCAGGCGGUGCUGGAAGUGGGCGCUGGCGAUUGGUCUGGCACGGGUGCCAUCACGGUGGACAACGUAGCAUACACGGCCGGAGGCGGGUGCGAGGAGGGCCGCCAGGAGAGCGAUGGUGAAGGGGAGGUCCAAUGCUUGGGGGAUCUGGGGUUCGAGAGACACACAGGCGCAUACGAACAGAGGCGCCCCAGUUCGAGGGCUUCGGCAAGGUUGCCUUUCGAGAGGGGAGGCCCUCGCACCCGGGACUCCCCGUCCCACUCCCAGCCCCAGAGGCAGCCUGGCCCUGAACUACCCGCUUUGCAUUCGCAGGACCAGGUCCGGAUGUUGGAGCUGCCCGUCGGUGUGCCAUCAGACUGGCCCCUUUCUCCGCCUUGCUGGCGGGUCGGGCUGGAUGACCCUCGGAUCCCUUUCGGACUGGGCACCGAAGGCGGACGAUACGAAACCAAGGAGAAAAGCACGGCGUUCUUUCCAGAGCCGCUCCUCUUGUCUUCCAUGAAAUAA